ACACUAUUUUUGAAAUAAUCAGCAACAUGUUCGUAAAACUGGCCGUAUUAGCUUGCUCUUUGGCAGUAGCCACAGCUGUCUGGAAUGGUCCCUUAGCCGGUGGCCAGCCAGCACAUCUCUACCCCGCAGGAGUCAGUCCACAAGCGUGCCCAAACUUCCCCAACUGUGCUAACCCCGCCGUAGCUGCCAACCCACAAGCCCCAACUGCUCAACAAUGGGGAGCUCCUCAACCACAAUGGAAUGCCCAACCUCAACCACAAUGGAAUGCCCAACCUCAACCACAGUGGAACCAAUGGAACCAAGGACAAUACAACCCAGCUCCAGUUCCACAACAAUGGGGAAACGAUGCUACAUCUAGACUUAACAAAGGAGAAUACAUUGGUGAUGGAGAUUACCACGGUGAAGGUCUUGUUGAAGCUCGUGCUCCAGGUUACGGUUAGUAUUGAGGUUUAAUAUUUAAAGGAAUAAUGCAUGUUUAUUUUCUACUAGAGAUAUUUAUAUUUUACCUUUGUUUGAAUUACCUGACAAAUAAACUGUUCUCCAUAUCUUCUUGGAAUUAAACCACGAAAUAUAAACUAAACACUAUUCAAUUAACAUUUUAACUUCUCAAUUUAUUGUUCAAAGUAUUAGUUUCUUGGACAUUUAAUAGAAACUAUUAAACUUACGACCAGAUAACUCAAAUAGUAGAGUGUUCGACUACCGCUCGGAAGGACCAAGUUUGAUAUCUGGCACCGAUGAACACAUUGAGUUAUUUUUUUAAUAUCUAAAGGCCUCAAGACGACUCAUCACGACUAAAAUGAAAAACUGGGUAAACCAGUAAACAUAAUAAGCAGGUAAAACCUAGCACCGGCUAUGUUUUUCUUGCUGUACAUUGUACGUCCAAGAAAUGGCAGAUUAUCCUACUCUACUCAUCUGCUGCUCUAGCGGUUUUAAAAGAUACUAUUGUCAUAAACAAUUAAAAAACAAACUCGCUUUUUUUAAAUAUUUUUAAAUAAAUUCCUAUAGGCAAGUAUAAACAUAAAAGUAAAAGGUUUGUUUUAUAAUUAGUAGUUUAUUUCCAAGAAAAAUUCUGUAAAAUUCUAAACUAAUAUCUUGUCAUCUAUUUGAAAUUUACUCAAAUGUAAAACUCCAUCUAUCUUAGCUCUUCGUCGUAUUCCUUUGACAGGUGCCAACAAAUUUAUAGGGCAAAGAAGAGCAAAUCACUCAUCCUUUUUUUUCCUGAUCUUUUCCCUUUUCAGGAGUCGUUGUUCCUUACUUUUCGUCAUCACCCAUUUCUGUCCAUCAACUAACCUUAAGUCAUUGAUCUUCAUUAGCCCUUCUCGAUUCACGAUUCACAGUAUCCAGUCUUCAGUCUUUAUAUUUCAUUCCACUUUAAGAUCAAUCGCACUAUUUGCUUCAUUUUUUAUUCCCAUCCCCAAACCUCCAUGAACUCUUUCUAGUCCCGUUCUUUCUUUACCGAUAUAUCCAUUUAAUAAAAUCACCUCCAAUAAAACACUUUUUGUCUACAGGAGUCUCGAGCAGCUCGCAAUCAAGGGCCCUCCAAAGUUCUUAAUUUCUUUGUUACUCACAUCCUACCUAUAAGAAGUAGGCUCAUUGACGAUGGUAUUGACUGUAUUCAGUUGGACACUCAAUAUUUUAUCACUUCUUCUGGUUGCCUUUUUAUUUAUAUAAUACCUACCCUAUUUCUGCCGUGGCUAUUUGAACUACUAUUUAUUAAUUUGCUUCCAUCUCCAAGACAUCUCGACUUAUUACCUUUCCAACAAGUUUUCUGCAUACAAAGUACACUAAUCCUUCUCUUUUGCAUAAAAUCGGCGAGCUCUCUUCCUUUACCUGUCAUGCUUCCAGCGUUGAGUGUUCUAACUCUCAGAACUUGUUUCUUCUGAUAUCAUUCGUCAUUAAAUGUUCUUCUUCCUUAUGAGGAGUCUUUAUCAUUGGAGGUUAGCAAUUAUGGUGGCAAAGAUUUCUUCAUCUUCAGGAAGUAUUUGUUGCUAUCAAAUUAAAUUGUUGGAAGAACUCUAACAGUUUUUCUCCCUCUUUCAUUUUUGGAACUUGUCUCUUUCUAUUUUAGUAUUGAAGUAUCCUUUGGUAAUUUUAUAAGUUUUUGUAGAUCUUUAUACCAUUACUAAAGUAUUUCAUCUGGUUUAUCUGUAGUUGGUGCAUAAACCUGAAUAAUAUUAACAUUAAAUGGAGAACUCUUUAUUUGGAGCAGCAUUGCUUUGUCGGAGAGUGGUAAAAAAUUUGAAACUACGUGACUCAAUUCAUCGUUUAUUAUCAUCAUUCAUCAUUAUUAUUAUCGUUUAAUUUUUGUUUUUUAUUAGUUAGGCCAUCGUACCUUACUCAAACUCAGAAUAUAUAUUUAGUCUGUUCAUUUCUUGGCACACAUUUGCUAGCUUUCCAGCUUCAUACCGGCUUUUAAUGUUUCAAGUUGCUGUCUUGACAUUAUUGUUUGCUUUAAUUUUGUUCUUGAUUUUUAUUAUAAUCCUCUCGAAGAUUCUUAGUACCCCCUGAAGAUUUAAGUUCUGUCGGGGGCUGGGGACUAUCUGCUUUGUUCCAUUUAUAUUCCAUUAUAACUUUCCAGUUCUACCAUAACUUUCUUGGAAAAAAAUAAUGAGGCUAUUUCCCAUUGCUUUGCUCAUGUUUUCCGUCGAAAAGUUCUACCUAACUGUAGUGUUCUAAUUUUAAGAUGCUGGAACCUCUCCUUAAUAAUAAUUAUAAAAGAAACAAAUGUCAAAAUGACAAAUUUAAACAGAAAAAUUUUUUUAAUUGGUUCUCUAACCAUGGUAACUAACUAGGCGGUAUCCUGGAGAAAUUUUUGUAUAUUGAUUAUUACAUUAUGAAAUGUUAUUCUAAAAAUUAAUUAAUUUGUAAGCAUUAAUCUGCAUCGAAAUAAAUGAUCUUUUAGAUAAAUCGUUUACUAUUGUUUAUCGUUUUCAGAAAACCAAAACUUGAUUGCACAAUGGGACAACCCCAACCAAGGAGCCCCCAACCAAUGGAACAACGGCGGUAUUCCACCAAACGCUCAACAAGCUCAUGGUGUAGGUCAAAUCCCAGCUGGAGUUGACGCUCACUCCUGCCCCAACUACCCAUUCUGUUCUUAAGCGAGCUAGACAAUCAGGCUGACAACAUGUUGCCAAUAUUUAUAUAGUUUAAUUUUGUUCUCGACUUAAAAAAUAGCUGUGCCGAUAUUUGCUGUGUUUAUAAGUGAUAGUUCGAAAAACAUAUUUUUCUGGUCAUAAUGUUGCAACUGAGUAGAUGUAUAAUGUAAAAUAUAUAGCAUAGUUGUAAAUAUAAGUAAAAUGGUAAUAUUUGCCAAUAAUCAAUAAAUCACAUGCAUUUACACAAGAAUCAUUAAUUUUACUAUUAGUUUCUAAUGAGUUGCAUCGUUAUGGAUUCGUCGUCCAGAAAUGUUAUUGUUUUUAAUUUAAAUUGUUUAAAAAUAAGUUAUUUUUAUAAUUUACUGCGUUGAAUAUUCUCAUGAAACGUAGAGAUACCACAAUAAUUUUGUACUUCUUCAGAAAAUAUAGUACUUUUGAUAACUGUCAAAAAUAUUAAAAGGUAUAAAUUUUUGAAUAAAAUUUAUUCCCC